GCUUAUCCCGUCUCGCCCGCUAGGGUUUCUGUUUCUUCGCCGUCUUUGCUUCCCCUGCGCCCGAGAGGAUAUCUCAACCACUCAACUGCUCUCUCAGCUCUCUACUCUCACCGGAGAAAUCAUGGCGGCGGCGGCGAGUCAAAUCAGCAAGAAGAAAAAGUUCGUCGCAGAUGGAGUCUUCUAUGCAGAGCUGAAUGAGGUUCUGACCAGGGAGCUCGCUGAAGACGGUUAUUCUGGGGUCGAAGUUAGGGUCACCCCUAUGCGCACUGAGAUCAUUAUUAGAGCUACCCGUACUCAGAAUGUUCUUGGUGAAAAGGGCAGAAGGAUCAGGGAGCUGACUUCUGUUGUCCAGAAGCGAUUCAAAUUCCCCGAGAAUGGUGUGGAGCUCUAUGCUGAGAAAGUCAACAACAGGGGCCUCUGUGCCAUUGCUCAGGCAGAGUCUCUCCGAUACAAGCUCCUUGGAGGCCUUGCUGUCCGGAGGGCCUGCUAUGGUGUUCUCCGAUUUGUCAUGGAGAGUGGUGCCAAGGGUUGUGAGGUUAUCGUGAGUGGAAAGCUCCGUGCUCAACGUGCCAAGUCAAUGAAAUUCAAGGAUGGAUACAUGAUAUCCUCUGGUCAACCCGUCAAUGAGUACAUCGACUCUGCUGUUAGGCACGUCCUUCUCAGACAAGGAGUGCUUGGCAUCAAGGUUAAGAUCAUGCUCGACUGGGACCCGAAGGGCAAGCAAGGACCAAAGACCCCGCUGCCGGACUUGGUCACCAUCCAUUCCCCAAAGGAGGAAGAGGUUUACAUUCCACCGGUCCAGACCACUAAUAUCGAGGUCCCAGUGGCUUAAGAUAGAGGCUGCCCUUUCAUGGAUCGGUUCUAUAUAGGAGUUGAAUAGAAAAAUGUCUUGCUGUAAUUCCCGUAUCAAAAGUUCCUAGAGUUAUGGCCUGUUGAAUCUUCAGUUUAAGAAACAAUGCUGUUUCAGUUUUGAUGACUUAUCUGAGUUUGCCUUAACGAAGAUUGCGUUCUUUACUUAACAGUAAAAGCAAUAACGCAAGUUUUCUUC